AUAAGAUACAACUCAAUCUUAUUUCUUUUGUCGUGUUCAGUUAAAGCGAACUCGGUCAUUGAAUAAGAGUGAAAUACCCGCCCCGAACUCGUUAUCAAAGGGCAAUUAUUUCUUUUAAGUUUAUUUUAGCGAAGGUAACUUUAGCAUCAGGAGGUAAACUCCUUCAAUACGUGAUCGAAUAAACUACUACCUUUGUCGUGAAUAUCGGAAAUUUUCGGAUGUGUUUUCAACGUGGUACCAUCAAGCAAACGAUAUUGGAGUCAAACAAAGAAAUGCAGUGAAGACGAUCGUUAAGUGGAAAAGGGUGCUCUAGUUAAACAAGUGGAAAACCGGAAGCUCAACGCUUCAGAUCAAAAUAAGAAUCAAUGUUACUCCCCACAACCUCCAAACGACCAAGAGGCGUACCAAAUGAAAAUCAGGAUUUUGAGAACAGAACGAUCGUUUCCGCAGGAUUGAAGUAUACCCUGCACGGAAUUGAAUACCAGACAAUAAUUCUUAGUCAGUGUUUUUGGCGAGUGGUAGACAACAAAGUGGACGAUUUUCUGAUAGCAACUGAGUUACCUGAAGCUGAAAAAUUUGACGAUGUCGUUGUUAGAUACAAAAAGGAUGGAGAAGUAAUAGCUCGUCUUCUACAAGUGAAACACAAACAAUCGAGUAGAAGACAUAACGAUAAUGAAGGAAUUAAACUCAACGACUUACUCACUGCGAAUCAAACAAAUAAAUAUUCUAUCCUGAAAUAUUUCCGGUCAUUUCAGGGAAUCCACACCCAAUACUUAUCCAACUCCCCAACUUCCGGUAUUUUCGCGGACUGUACCAUUCAGGAUUUGGUACUUCUAACAAAUGAUGAUAUUGAUGAAGAAGUUGUCGCGGAGUGUUUAGAAAUUGAUAGGGAAAACCCAGUAGAGGAUGAUAUUCUUCUAAAAAUUAAUGACCCCAAUGCCAGAAAAUACAGAAUCAGGACUACAGACAACCAGUUGACGCGCCGAUUAGAGUCUUUUCUGCUGACUGAGUCAGAUUUUCCAAAGCUGGUCAACGUCCUUGCUGACUUUGUACUAGGUAAAACAAAAUUAAGUCUGCAGGUGAAAGUUUGCAAGGAUUAUUUAUAUCCUUUGGUGAAAUAUGUCUUGGAAUUUGAGACGGGAUUUAGCUGCUUCGUGAUGCUUUCGGAAAAUUUCAAGGAAAAAGACAGAAAGCGACCAGAUGAAGUCAACAUAUUAAGAGCAGCAUUGGCCCGGGAGAUAGCAUUUCGCGAGGUGGUGUUUGACAUACGAAUUUCGAAAUCUCGCAAAACUGGCACAACAAGCACAAGCGGCCAACCUAGAAAAAGGAAACUUCCUCCUCCAGAUUGUGUACAGACUAACAAUUUGAAUGAGUUAGCAGACCGAUUUGCAAAGGCUCUUCGACCCCCUGGAGACGUAAAUAGCCGUGCUCUGCCAGAAGAGUUUUGUGUACGCAAUGCAAUUGCUAGGGAAAUUGUUGACUGUGGCGAAAAAACAUUUCGAGAGAAAUUCAUAAACGGAGAUAAGACCUUAACGCUGCAAGCACAAAUUUUCCGAACUAUUCUCAUUGAAAAAGUGAUAGACGACUCAGUGGCCGAAUUUGAAUUUCAAGCGUUAGCAUCAGGAACUUUCGAAACAACGAAAGGCUUUGGCACUCGAUUUAUACCCCAUAACGAACCACAAAUUGAAGAGCCGAUUGAAUUUGCAAAGGAAAUCGCAGAUCUUAUAACAAACUGUGAAGACGAUGAGCGAACUAUUAAAAUCACUGAAAAGUCCAGGAGCGAGAAAUUUAUACGGAAUCUCUGUGAACUGGCCGGUCAUACCAUAGUGAAAGUAUCUUCGUGGAAUGAGUUCAGUGGGAACUUCUUAAACGGCCGCGUAAUCUCAGAAGACGUCAGGAAGUUCCGUGACUCGCUGAAGGAAUGUUUAGGUGAGGAAGCAUUCCACACCCUCGAUACCUACAAGCUGCACAUUGACAUCAAUUCCUUCGAUAGCUGCGAGGAAGCGAAUUUCUUCAAAACUCUACCCACCCCACUGACCUAUCAAUCCAUAAUUGAUUUUUAUGACAAAUUCAGAUUGGUCGUAAGUUAUCCUAACCAAAUGAAGACUUUCGAGUUACUCAAGGACGAACUACAAAUUACCCAUCGGAAGUUAGAUCAGGAAGCGUACCUUAGCUUAUUGGUGGGAGGAGUGCGUAAGUGGAUGGCGGACAACAUUGGGACUUUCUAUACUCCGAAAAAAGCAACAGCCUUCUUACGGGAACUCGACGAACACCUAACCUGCUACGAGAUAGAUGGAGUUAAUCAACUGAAAAAUGCCAAACUGACAAUGAAGUACUCUUUCGAUUGCACCCAUCUCAAGGAAUAUCUGAUAAAAUUUCUAUUGUCGGCAGGAACGGGGGUCCAGAUAUUCGGGGUCAAAAAUAUUAAACUUAAUUUGUCCCGAAUCUUAAAUACGUUUUAUAUAUUGAGAGAAAACUACUUGACACUGGAGGAUCCAAAGAGGCUAGAAUCUUAUCUCUUCACCUACGGAUAUAUUUAUCUAGCAUUCGAAGAUGCUUUGAAUGAGGCUUACCGUGGUACAUUGUCCCAAAAGAACCAGGAGCCAACCAAAUGGAGUCUGAGAAUUAUCGAUUGCAGUAACAAUGACAACCUUCAAUCAAAACCUGACAAUUGUAAAUCGGUGUUGAGACUAAUGCUCGAGAAACCGAAUGGGUGUAAGGUCAGCAGAAAGAUUAUCUUCGUUGUUAAUGCAUGCGUUUUCGACGAAUUUAACUCUGCUUUAGUUCAAUACGCUCAGCAGGAAGCACAAGAACUCAUUGAAAUCAAGUCAAAGUUACUUGAAACGAAAUUUUCGGAACUCGAAUAUGUCGCACAGAAAGCAUUACUGGAAAACUCCAAAGUAACUCUCCAAGGACGAAGUGUUAAACUGGGAGAUCUGAUAUCUUCGGAUGGAGUAGAUCUUGUUGAUGAAGAUACUUUGCUUGAGCUCGUCGCUGAUCGGAAUGACGAGGAAUCUGAAAUCCGCAUCGGGGGUGGAAGGCAAUUUGGUUUGUUCACCCACAAUUCACAUUAUGUUAGCCGACGUAUAAGACCCAACUUCAUCGAUCGGUCUCCAUUUAAUAUUCCAACCAAUAUCCAGGGUGGCGUCUACUAUUUCAAAAAUGGCAAUCAAAGCGACGUGAUCGUUAUCGCUGAAACGAGGGACAGCUUUUCCACUUUGAAGAACCAACAACUUGCCUCCUUUAAUGGGAAUGUUCACUGGCUUCAAGAACUACAAGGCGAACUCAUAUGGCGAUACUCAAAUGGAUCCACUAAGAUGUUAUCCAGCAUACCUGGACCGCAAAAAGUUAGUUGGAGUGAGAAACAAUUCCUGCAGAUAAAUGAUAACAAAAUCAUACUUUUAUAUGGCAUACCUGGUGCAGGUAAAUCACAGUUACUUGCCAGUUUGUCCAAGCAACUCGGCAAAGAUUCGAGAACCAUCUACACAGUUCGUGUCAACCUUAGCAUAUACUCGGAUUUCUUUUACAAAAAACAACAAGAACAAAGACCGCCCCAACCCCUUAACUUCUCCGAUUGCGGUGAAUUUCUAUUGGAAAUGUUACAAUCACAUGAGAAUACCAGGUUCAAAACUCAGUUUGAAAUCAAUGUUUUUCGUGGUUCCUUCAACCAACAAGGAUCGGUUAAAUUCCAACUGGUCGUGUUCUUAGACGGAUUCGAUGAAGUAUGUCCCGCUUAUAAGGAAAUCGUUCUACACUAUCUACAAUACCUCAAGGACUGUCCGUGCUUGUGUAAACUUUUCAUAACCACUCGACCCAUCUUCCGUGCCGACCUUGAGACCGCCUUGAAUACACUUGGUUACGAACUCCAAGAUCUGUCGAAUGAAGAUCAAAGUGAACUUUUCUCGCACCUGGUAGCCGAGAAGGGACUUGAGAUCGAGGAAAGUGAAGCCAAGAAGUUCCUCAAGGAAGCUAGAUUGAAACUGUCUUCGAAGGAUGAACAAUUCACCGCCAUCCCCCUUCAUCUGAAAAUCCUCGCAGAUAUUUAUGCGGAAAAAUCUCAGGAGAGAGAAAACCAAGUGGACUUCAGAGAUUGUAAUAAAUCUGAAAUGUUUGAAAUGUACGUUAAGCAAAAGUAUGAGAUAUUUCUGAAGGAUCAAAUGCGUUACAAUCAAGCAAAUGCAACUGCCAGGGAAGAAGCGGAAGGAGCGUAUGAGACCUUCUUAUCACGACAUGAAAAGCUUGCACUUUGGGCACUAUACAACCCAGAAGACCUCAAGCAAAUUAUCAAAUCUUUCGAGGAAUAUAAAACUGAAGUUCAGAGGCUUCUGAGGAAAAUUGAAGUUGGUCAAUACAAAUUCGGAAUCGUUUUCACAGUUGUUGAUGGGAAACCUCAGUUUUCACAUCGUACUUUUGCCGAAUAUUUUUCAGCCCGGUAUAUUCACCGAUGUAUGGAGCGCUCUGCAAAAGAAGGAGGCAUGGGAAUUCUGAAUAUCAUCUUAAACGCGGAGAAUGGUCCUUUCUUGAUGUUCCUGGACAGUAUGAUUCCGGAGAACAGGAACUGGGUUUGCCGUGACCAGGGAUGUUCCCAGAUAAGUACAGCAACAAUCUCAUCUACUCUUCUAAAUCUGUCGCAGUGGAGUACAUGGAGAGUUUUCGAUUGUAUCUCUGACAUUUUGAAGGAAGAAUCCAUCCUGAAACGCCAAAUAUUUAUUGACAUCAUAGAAAGAUUUCCAGAUGACGUCAAUUACUUCAUGUUGCUGGGAUUCCUUCUGAAAUGGGGCAUCGACUUAACCUGGACAACUCCGACCGGAAAGACAAUUUUACAUUUGUUAUCAUCUGAGGCUCAUCCUUGGAAGGCAAGUUCCAGACAGGGAAAACAAUCACAAUUCUUCUAUCGAUUAAACCAGAAAUAUGAGAUUCCUCUCUGGCUGGUCAGUUCCAACAGAUUCGAUAUGACCUUAUUCCAACCAGGCUUUUCUACCCUCGACAUUUUCAAAAUGUUGGUGAAAAAGGGAGCAAAAUGUACUGCAGAUUCGGACAACCUCUCACCUUUUCAUUAUGCGGCAGCAUCUGGAAAUAAAGAAAUUUGUGAAAAAUCCCGACCCCAAGGUGUGGUUGCUGAAGUAAACGCGAAACGGGAUGUCUAUAUGCAGAUGUUUAGUGAGAAAACUCUUUUUGGGAAAGCGUUGAGAGCUGAACAAGAAUGGAAAAUGUGGUCAAAAUCGGAAGAGGAAAGAAAAGCUUUUGAUAAACGACGCGCGGGUGAGCGUGAAAUGAAAAAUUUACAAUUUAGAUUCAAUCUUUAAUAUUUUAUGUAAGCAACCCACGAGACGCUAGAGGACUUUGGAGAAUUUGUCAAUUUAUAUUGUAUCUUGAGAUGUAUUACUUGAAUGAAACUUACCAGUGGUUUUAAGCGAAUAUCGAUAUGAAUCUGGGAGUCAACUUACUAGGUUCAGGAAAGGCUUAGUUUACGCCUGAGAUGUCAUCUAGCCACGUGGCUCACUAACGGGAGCACGCAGCUUCCAUAAACAUUAUUAACUAAAUUGUUAGACAUUUUACUUUGGUCAGAAACAAAUAAAUAUAAAUUAUCAAACAUUUUAAAUUUUUAGAUUUUUGGAAUAAAUUUUAGAUUAUAACGUU